CUACGCAAUAUCUUCUCUCAUCCAAUUCUCGUGUUCAACUCUCUCAAUUCCCAAUUCCUCUUCUUCGCUGCUAAAUUCUAGGGUUCCGAUAUGGACACUGGUGGAAAGAUCAAGAAGGGCGCCGGAGGAAGGAAGGGUGGCGGCCCAAAGAAGAAGCCGGUGACAAGGUCAGUGAGGGCCGGUCUCCAGUUCCCGGUGGGUAGAAUUGGGCGUUACUUGAAGAAAGGAAGGUACGCGCAGCGCGUGGGUACCGGCGCUCCCGUUUACCUUGCUGCAGUUCUUGAAUACCUUGCUGCUGAGGUGCUUGAGUUGGCUGGGAAUGCUGCACGUGACAACAAGAAGAACAGGAUAAUCCCCAGGCACGUGCUUUUGGCUGUGAGGAACGAUGAGGAGUUGGGGAAAUUGCUUGCUGGUGUUACCAUUGCUCAUGGUGGUGUUCUUCCCAACAUUAAUCCUGUGCUUUUGCCUAAGAAGACUGAGAGGGCUGCUAAGGAGCCUAAAUCCCCCUCCAAAGCUACCAAGUCUCCCAAGAAGGCUUAGAUUAUGUAUAUGUAUUAGUGUUUGGGUGUUUUUUGUGUAAAAGGAAAAUUGGUGUGUCUCAAACACUCUAAUUCUUAGUGCAUUGUCUUGUGUGUAGGUGUUUGCUUCAUUAAUAGAAAUCCUCUUGUUUUAAAUCAUUUUUUUUAUGGCGGUGUUGUUUAUGGUUUAUACUCUGAGGAUAAACAUCUUGAGAUAUUAACACGGGCAAAUAAUUCAGAUUU